AGCUAGCUAUAUGAGAUACUGGUUAUCUCAUUAUAAUAGUACGGUUAUUUGAAAUGAAAAGUAUUUCAUAACAGUAAAGCAAAUAGUAUUGCAUCUGUGACUGAAAGUUUCCUCCUCAAUCUGUUUGACGAAUGGGGUGAUUUGAAACAGUCAGCGCAUCACCCGUUGGCUACCUGUUACGCGUUUAGCCCCUGUUCAUAUAGCUAGCUAUAGUACACAUCAGUGGUUUAGACAGUUACUCGGCCUUGGUCAUAUUAACUAACGUUAGCUAGCUGGUUUGGAUAAAAUGUUUUUUGAGAAAGCAUACAUUUUGGGUGUUGUUUUAUAAAAUGGAAGAGCCCUGGGAUUUCGAGUUUUUAUCCCGCAUUGUGGACGGGUUUGUUUCGUUUCUUUCCGAAUUUGUUGACGACUGGCUGGCUAAUGAUAUGAGAGUGUCAAUAUUCAAGAUAUUGUUUAGUUGGCUCGUUGUCAGUCUCAUUGCCAUCCAUUUCGCUUGGAAAUUUUACGGAAACACUGUGAACGAUAUGUAUUACCGACAAGGUACUGGUGGAAAGAAUGGAGGCACACCUGACACUGCACCUCACAGGAGCGGAUGGGAGAGUGCGGCAGGAGACAACCUCAAGACACAUCGUGAGUGACAGACAGGACAUAAGUUGGACUACAUACAAUUUGCUCUCUGUCUUAUCAGACAGGGUUGCUGAGUAGACACAGACUUGCUAAUGUUGUGCCUUUUCAAAUGGACUGGAGUUCAUUGAUGAGGUGGGCCUGUGGAUGCUUCCUUUGAGCUGAAGAAGUUUCUCCUUGUUGGUUGUCAUGAUGAUAUAACGGUUAUGCUGUUUGCUUCCACACAAACACCAUGUAAUAUGCUAAGAUAUUCUCUCAUAUGCCAUAUCUUUUUAAAUCUCAUGUCUUUUUAAAUUUAGCUCCUCUGGCUCAUGUACAAUUGUACCUCCUUUUAUUGGUGAGACAUUCAAAUAUCCAUCUGGCUACAUAUCCACUGAUUGAUAUAGAUUUACAUGAAAUGUUAUUCUAAUCUGUAGACAGAAUCUGGAGAGACUCAACAACUGUAUGCUGUGAGAGUUGUGGGUUGGUGUGACUGCAGUUAUGUUCAUAACAUUGUAUGAGUAAGGAGCUGUUCAGAGAGAUGGUUUCUGUUUUUAUUUUUGCUGGAGCAAGGCUACAUAGUAAUCCAUGAAGAUUGCGCUGGAGCAAGGCUACUGUAGAGAGAGUGGUCAGAGAUAGAGGUCUUACAUCAAACAGCAGCUUUCCUCAAAUUCAUAUUUCUUAUUCUUGACAGCCUGAGCCCUCAAUGACUGUCUUUUGAUUAUGAAAAUAUAAAACAGUUAAGACUGGGGUGCGUUCAGUUUGAUUGAACAUUUGCUACAUUGUUUAUCUGUUUGUACUAAAUGACACGUUUCCCCAAAACGUUCUUGAACAGAUGUUGCGGUAGGUUUGCUCUGUUUCGUGGGUGUGACGGGUUGAUGCUUGAAGAAAGUGAGUGACGUAUUUAAAGGUAAGCGGCCAUGCUGACAGCCUUCCACAACCCAACCCCUCCCCGUUUUUUAACUGGCCAUUUAGAACAGCACCGUUUCCAUUUGAUUGAAUGUUGGAGUAUGUUUUUUUUGUACUGAACGCAGCCCUGUCUUCUGAUUGCUGUGAAAAUAUUAAACAGUGAAGGCCAAUAAGGCUUUUUAUUGUCUCAGGUACAGGUUGGUACCUGUAGCAGUCCAAUGGAGUAGGCACAUUGAUUGUACAUUUUAUGUUAUGGUCUUGUGCAGUUGAUUGGUACAUAAAGAAUUUUGUUUAAAAUUCUAA